ACUUCGUAAGACAUAUUGAUUCUACAAUCGGAGACCUUUUAUGACUUCUUAGAUUUCAUCAAAUAUAUUUAAUUUCACAAGAAGAUUUACUCAACAUUCAUUUGAUACGAGUAGUAAGGAGAAAUACAGAUAUUUUACUCGCUGGAUUAACUUAGCAAGAAAAUGGUAUUCAUGCGUGUUUUUAUUAAGAUAAUGCAUCCGAUACGUUUACGUAAUGUUAUUACUCUUUCUUUGUUUAUUACUAUUAUCAUGUUAUGGACUUUUCACGUCCGUGUACAUAAACAAAAAACGUUAUUUAAAAGUCACACAUAUAAAAUAGGAUACGAGGUUCAAAGUAAUUUGGACAGCGGUGAAAUUAAUUCGAAAUUUAUUUUGUAUGAGACUAGAGUAUCAAGCGUUUCAACUAUGCUAUUAUCAGAUAAGAAGUUUCUGAUUUCAUGGGUAAACAAACCAAGGUGGGUUAAUUUAGAUAAUGUAAAUAAAUACCUGGACAAUAAAUGUCCAUAUCCGAAUUGCAGGAUUACCUUAUCGCAUCAACAUUUGGAGAAAAUGAAUGCUUUAAUAUUUAGCACGGAUGCAAAACUUCCGGAUAACUUAAAAUCCAUGGUAAAUAGGCGCAAUUCUAAUCAGGUAUGGAUUUUCUUUCGAACAGAAGCACCGCCUUUUGAAAAAAGGAAAUGGUAUACGGACACAAUUUGGCACAAAACGAUGAAUUGGUCAUGGAGUUACAGAGUUGAUUCUGACAUAUUUUUGCCGUAUGGCAAAUUGGCAAAACUUAAGACUGUACAAAAACGAGACUAUGGCGAUAUUUUCAAAAGAAAGACAAAAAUUGCUGCUUGGGUCGUUAGCCACUGCAAUACGAAAAGUCGGCGGGAAAAGUUUGUUACAAGACUUAUCAGUGCAGGUGUUCCUGUCGAUAUUUAUGGGAAGUGCUCCAAAAGUAAGCAGAGAUAUGAAUCUAGUAAUACACAAGAGGUGAUAAAUAAGCAUUAUAAAUUUUACUUAUCUUUUGAAAACAACAUUUGCAAAGAUUAUAUUACAGAAAAGUUUUUUCGAUAUUAUGAAAUGGAUACUGUGCUGAUCGUCAGAGGCGGGCUAAACUAUUCAAGAUAUUUAGACAAAACAACUUUUAUUGACACGUCAUCAUUUGCAUCAAUUCAACAGUUAGCUGACUUUUUGCUUAAGGUUAAUAACAGUAUUGAGCUUUAUAGCCAAUAUCUAAGAAAUAAAGAUAAGUAUAAAACUGUCCUAAAGUUAGAAAAAUCCCUUUUUCAGUCAAGUUGUGAAUUAUGUGGAAAACUUAGUAAUGUGAAAAAAAUUCAUAAAGUGUAUAACAGGCUUGAAGACUUCAUAGAUAAAGGAGCCUGUUUCUCAGAUUAUCUAGAUUCCGUGUCUAUGAAAAAUCGAACACUGUUCAUUACAAAGACGGACAUGGACACGGAACAUAGACAUUGAAUCGGCCCCAUUACUUUUAGAAGUACGCGUUUUCACGGACUUUUUUGUAAGCUCAGCGCGAAAUCACUGUAACUGACAUUCUCAGUACGAAACUAUUGUUCUUAUAGAUGUUUAGAACAAAAAUGUCUAAUUUUGCAUUGGUACAAAACUAUUGGAACUGAAUCCAUAUUAUAGAUAAUGUUAUUGUUACCUUGUCAUUCUUAUCUAAGAGUUGUUGUAUAGUAAACUGGUUUAGAAACAGCAGCUUCUUUGAUUGACAAAAAGGAAAAAGCGUACGAACGUAGUUUUGCACUAGUAAAGGACAGUUGAUAUUACGUUCUUAAUACUAAGUUUCCUUUUGUAUUUUGUUGUUGUUUUUUUUUUUUUUUUUUUUUUGUUCUGUUAGAGCAGAUUAUCUUUGAACAGAGGGGAAAAAGAGUGCGGUUACAACUGUUUCGCGCAG